AUGGCGACCACUGUCGAGCACUCCCAAGUGCAUCAUGAGCUCAAGGCUUCGACUCCCGAGUCCAUCCCCAAGAGUGCAAUUCCUGCCGCUGUUGCCUCUCCCGUUCCCGCUCCCGCAGCCAUUGGAACUACCUCAUUGAAGAGUGAAGAAACUCAAGCUCCUGCCAAAGAUACAAAAGGCCCUGUAGUUGCCGAAGCACAUCUCGUUGAUACAUACCACCCUCCUCAGCGCAUGUUUGCUAAACAUCCCCACCGGCCCCACCUUGCCAACCUCGAGGAGUAUAAGCGACUCUACAAGGAAUCUAUCACACAACCCGAAAAGUUCUGGGCUGAGCGCGCACGCGAACUCAUCUCCUGGGACCGCGACUUCGAGACUACCCGAAGUGGUUCCCUUUUGAAUGCCGACGUUUCCUACUUCAACGAGGGCCGCCUGAACGCCUCAUACAACUGUGUCGACCGUCAUGCUUUCAAGGACCCCGAUCGUGUUGCCAUCAUUUACGAAGCUGAUGAGCCCAGCGAGGGACGCAAUGUUACUUAUGGCGAGCUCCUCCGAGAGGUCUCUCGAACUGCUUGGGUUCUCAAGCAAAUGGGCGUCCGCAAGGGUGAUACUGUUGCUAUCUACCUGCCCAUGAUUCCUGAAGCCAUCAUCGCACUCAUGGCCUGUGUUCGUAUUGGCGCAGUUCACUCAGUCAUCUUUGCUGGUUUCUCCUCGGACUCCCUACGCGAUCGUGUUGUCGAUGCUGGUUGCAAAGUUGUCAUCACAACUGACGAAGGCAAGCGAGGCGGCAAGUUGAUUGGCACCAAGAAGAUUGUUGAUGAUGCUCUCAAGCAGUGUCCUGCUGUCGAGAAUGUCCUUGUCUAUAAGCGCACAGGCUCAGAGAUCCCCUGGACCAGUGGUCGUGACUUCUGGUGGCAUGAGGAGGUGGAGAAGUGGCCCAACUACUUCCCUCCUGAGCCCGUCGCUUCUGAAGACCCUCUAUUCCUUCUCUAUACCUCUGGUUCCACUGGCAAGCCCAAGGGUGUUUUGCAUACGACAGCCGGAUAUCUCCUUGGUGCUGCCAUGACUGGCAAGUAUGUCUUUGAUAUCCAUGAGGGUGAUAGAUACUUUUGUGGUGGUGAUGUUGGCUGGAUCACCGGACACACUUAUGUCGUUUACGCUCCUCUAAUGCUCGGUGUAUCCACUGUCGUCUUUGAGGGCACACCCGCCUACCCCAACUUCUCGCGAUACUGGGACAUCAUCGAGAAACACAACGUUACCCAGUUUUACGUCGCUCCCACUGCUCUGAGACUGCUGAAGCGUGCUGGCGAUGAGCAUGUCCGGGGAAAGUUCGCCCAUCUUCGGGUACUAGGCUCUGUCGGUGAACCUAUCGCUGCCGAGAUCUGGAAAUGGUACUUUGAGGUUAUUGGAAAGGAGGAGUGCCACAUUGUUGAUACAUACUGGCAAACCGAAUCGGGCUCUCAUGUUAUCACCCCCCUGGCUGGAAUUACUCCAACCAAGCCCGGCAGUUGCUCGCUGCCUUUCUUCGGUGUCGAGCCCGCCCUUAUCGAUCCUGUUUCUGGGGAAGAGAUUCACGGAAACGACGUCGAGGGUGUCCUGACAUUUAAGCAGUCUUGGCCCAGCAUGGCUCGUACUGUCUGGGGAGCUCAUAACCGGUAUAAGGAGACUUACCUUGACGUCUACAAGGGUUACUACUUUACUGGAGAUGGCGCUGCCCGUGACCACGAGGGCUUCUACUGGAUUCGAGGUCGUGUCGAUGAUGUUGUCAACGUCAGUGGUCAUCGUCUGUCAACUGCUGAGAUCGAAGCAGCGUUAUUGGAACACCAUGCCGUUGCUGAUGCAGCCGUCGUCGGUAUUUCUGAUGAGCUUACCGGUCAGGCUGUCAACGCAUUCGUUGAUCUCGAGAAAAACGCUGAGGCAACCGAUGCUCUGCGCAAGGAACUGAUUGUUCAAGUACGCAAGAGCAUUGGACCUUUUGCCGCACCCAAGGCCGUAUACAUUGUGCCGGAUAUGCCUAAGACGCGAAGUGGCAAGAUUAUGCGACGAGUGUUGAGAAAGAUUGUUGCUGGCGAAGAAGACCAGCUUGGAGAUAUCACUACUUUAUCCGAUCCUUCUGUUGUGGACAAGAUCAUCAAAGCUGUUCAUGAUGCCAAGCGCAAAUGA